UAAAACUCUUACAAGACUUCUCACAUGGCAACCAAUCCAAGUUCUUCAAGCCAAGGCCUUCAGAGAGACUGUGAAGAGAUUCAUGAUGCAAAGGCAGUACAGCUAAAUUAUUUGGUGUGUACCUUGGCUCGCCGAACACAACCUGAACGACAACAGCUGAGAGAAACAUACAUGGCCAUGUACGGUGAAGACCUAUUAUACCGUCUCCAGAAAACCCAAGUAGCCAACCAAAGUAAUGAGAUAUAUGAGCUCUUGUCCCUUUGGAUGCUCAAGCAACACGAGCGCGAUACUUUUGUCGCCAAUGAUGCAAUUGAGCGUAGAGAAACUAAUUACAAGGCACUUAUCGAAAUAUAUGUUUGUCAAAAAUCAAGUCAUAUCCAUCUUGUCAAACAAGCUUAUCAAGCCAAGUUCAAAAGGCAGUUGUAACAAGAUAUCAACAGCUUUGAGCCCACCAACUCGUAUCAAAAGAUUCUAGUUGCAUUGUCUACAUCACAUAAGUCACAUCAUGUAGAUAUAAGCCAGCAUGUGGCCAAGUGUGAUGCCAGAAGGCUCUAUGAAACUGGGGAAGGUAGGUCAGGAGCCAUUGAAGAAUCUGUUGUGUUAGAGAUACUCAGCAAGAGGAGCAUUCCACAGCUCAGACUAACAUUCUCUUGCUAUAAGCAAAUUUAUGGACAUAGUUAUACAAAGUCACUCAAAAAGGAGACCUCUGGAGAAUUUGAGGAUGCACUGAGAGUUGUUGUAGAGUGCAUGUGCAGUCCACCUCCAUACUAUGCGAAGACAUUAUUUGGAUGCAUCAAUGGGUCCAAGACAGAUAAGAGUACUUUGGCACAUGUUAUAGUGAGCAGAGCUGAAAUUGACAUGGAUGAAAUUAAAGUGCUCUUCAAGAAAAAGUAUGGCAUGGAGCUAAUGGAUGCUAUCAUUGAGAGCCUCCCAAGUGGGGAUUACAGGGACUUUCUUGUCGCCUUAGUUACUAGAUGAGUUUUUGCCAUGAUCUAGUCUAUGCAAUUGUGGGGUCAGUAUAAACUGACCUGGAUAUCUAUCGUUAGCAAAAAAGAAAAAAAUAUGUGUUCUUGUCUGUAUUAUACAGUGAAAUUGCAUCAUAUAUAUAUAUAUAUAUAUAUUGUAUCAAGUUCCAAAGCAGUAUUUUUACAUUUUAUUUUCUUUAUGAAUUGAGUUUUCCUAAAAUCCAUUCACGGUGGCCCAUCACGACCAUGUACUAUAGGGGGAGAGAGAUGGGAGUGAUGGGGUCACUUUUGGACCGUCCCAUCAUUCAACCACCGGUGAAGGAAAACCUUAUCUUUUCUUCAAUCAAUAUUGGAAGAUCUUGCAUGAGGUAACUAGAAUCCAAAUGUUUUUACCGGAAACAAAAAAAUCCAAAUGACGCAAUUAAUGAAUAAAUAGAAAAUACCAUCCAACAAGCAUCAGACCAUCAACUUUUUGAAAUUUAAAAACACAAUAGAUGAUUUCCCUUUGUAGCUUUCUCCACCUUCCAUUGUUCCUGGAAGAGUAUGGUAAUUGAUGUUUUCGUUGUGGCAUUCAUUUCAGUCUUUUGUGUUCAUCGAAUGAUGUAUCUUGAAUCCCUUAAUUUUCCACUUCCACGAUGAGUCUGCUUCAGAUUGGCUGAGUUUAUUGUAUUCUUUGUAAUAAAGUGAGAUUAUUAAUAUAAGAAAAACAAGGAAAUGGACAGAGAGUUGAUAUAUAUUGAGGUUGUGUACAUAUGAUGCCGAUCCUGAACAGUCAGCCUUACUUUUUUUUUUUAAAUCUAAUUUUAUUCUUUGAUGGAUUAUCAUGCCAUGGACUUCAAUACAAUGUAGUUAACAUAGAUUCCGUAGUUGAUGCCCAUGAAUUGUUCGAUGAAAUGUGAAAAAGGGACUUCAUCUUAAUAUCAAGAAUCUGGUUAAGAGAUUAAGCGCUCUAAAAUUAAGAAUACACUUAAACCAAAUAUAUGUCCAAACAAUGUUCUCAUUCUUAAUUAAGAAUACAUUCUAAAUUUUGAGAAUAAGAUUACAUAUCAAACACAGCCUUGUCUGGCUUUAAAGGAAAGCCCAUCUGUACUAUGGAGUAGCUCCAAACAUGGGUUAUUGUCUGGUCAUUGCACUCUUAGGAACUCCACUUUUGUGUCUUUACCAUGCUUCCAUCUUUCUCCCCAUCUCUCUAUUUUUUUUUCCAUUUUUAAUUAAGAAAGGAAUUGAUUACAAAAAAAGGAGUUCCAAAGGAAACAAACUGGAGAAAGAAUUUUAAUCUUUUCUCAUAUAACACGCGACCAACUCUCAGUUGUUAAAGGAUGAUUUAGACUCAGAAACAGCCCAAAGGAGGCAAAGUCCAAGAAACUAGUUAGCUAAGGAAUAGUUUCAUUUCAAAGAAACCCUAACUUGUACUAAUUUCUCAUUCAUCUCAUGUUUCAUGCAUAUAAAGCCCAAUGCGAAAGCCUUCUUUUCAUAGUUUCCUGCAAGGAUUUCAAGCUCUUAGGGAAGAAGAGAAAAAAGAAGGAAGAUACAAAUGGCAGCAAGACGCCGUGAUGCCGGCCGUCGUUCAUACCAAGACUUCGAUCCCUCAUCGGAAUGGUUACGAGGGGAGGGAUCCGAUACUCUUGUGUUCCAACUUCCAGGUUUUAAGAAGGAAGAAGUGAAACUUCAACUUGAUAGCUCCCGGAACUUGAGAAUCACCGGGGAAAGAAAGCUUGAAGAAAACAAAUGGAGCCGUUUCACUACGAAUGUUAAGGUUCCAGCCGACUAUGACGUCAACGGACUUCUUUCAAACUUUGAGAGAAAUGGAGUACUUAAAAUCAUAAUGCCCAAGAUAAUCACUCAUUCCCAACCCCAACCUAAAACAACUCCCCGAAAACCACAAGUCCAACCAUCACUGACCCAAAAACCAGAAGUCCAACCAUCGUCAACCCAAAAACCACGAGUCCAACCAUCGUCGACCCAAAAACCACAGGUCCAAUCAUCAUCGACCCAAAAACCUCAAAUGCAACCAUCACCGACCCAAAAACCAGAAGUCCAGCCAUCACCGAUCCAAAAACCACAGGUCCAAUCAUCAACGACCCAAAAACCACAGGUCCAACCACCACCGACCCAAAAACCACAGGUCCAACCACCACUGACCCAGAAACCAGUAACUCAACCAGAGACCGGAGUGCAACCUAAACCAACAACCCAAUUUGACCAACAAAUGAUUGGGAAAGUAAGUGAACCAAAAGUAUCUCAGAAAAUUCCAGAGAAGGAAAAGGAAAAGGAAAAGGAACAACAACAGGUUAAUGCGAAUGCUGAAGCCAAAAAGUUUACCGGUGAAGAAAGCGAGAGAUAUGAAUCGGCCGGAGAAAGUGCGAACGAUGAUUCUGAAAGAGUGAAGGAUGGCUCAAUCACAGGAGUGGCAGCUGCUGGUAUGGGGAUGACUGUGCCCAAACAAUGGAUUGUGAACGUAAUUGUUGAUAUUUUGGUGGUGUUGGCACUUCUAAUGUAUAUGAUAUAUAGUCAAAGGUCCUCUACAAGAGCUACAGAUGACUAAAGUCUUGUAUUGCUUUCCAAAAACAAAGUUACCAACCUUGUUACAUGCAUUUGUAAACCAUGAAUAAAAGAUCAAUUACUUUAUUGGAUUCA